CUGGCCCGGCCUGCAGUGCGCAGAGGACGCGCGGCUGGACCAUGUACCGGCUGCUCGGCCGGAGCCUCGGCCGGGGCCUGCUGCGGGCCGCGGGGCGGCGGGCUCGGGGCUGCUGCCCGCGCCUGCUGCCGGGGCCCGAGGCGGAGGCGGCGUCCGUGCCGCGCGCCAGGGCCCCGGGCCUGCUGCCGCUGCUGGCAGUGCUCGCUUGGUUCUCGAAGCCCGCCGAGACCGAGGAGGAGGCGGCAGAGCAGCGGGAAGCGACGCUCGGCGCUGAGGACGCGAAGGACGGGACGGAGGCCCAGAUCAUCUGGCUGCUGAAGCGGGCUAAGCUGAGCAUCAUGAAAGACGAGCCGGAAGAGGCUGAGCUGCUUCUACACGAUGCUCUCCGUCUUGCCUUUCAGAGCAACAACAAGAAGGCCAUCACUUACACUUACGAUUUGAUGGCCAACUUAGCAUUUAUACGGGGUCAGCUUGAAAACGCGGAACAGCUUUUUAAGGCGACCAUGAGGUACCUGCUUGGAGAGGGCAUGAAGCAGGAAGACAAUGCAAUCAUCGAAAUCUCCCUGAAGUUAGCCAGCAUCUAUGCUGCUCAGAAUAGACAAGAAUUUGCUCUUGCUGGCUAUGAAUUCUGCAUCUCAACUCUGGAAGAGAAGAUCGAACGAGAAAAGGAGUUGGCGGAAGGUGUCAUGUCAGGGGAGGAGAAGGCCAAUACCCACCUGCUGCUGGGCAUGUGCUUGGACGCCUGUGCCCGCUACCUGCUGUCCUCCAAGCAGCCCUCCCAGGCACAGAAGAUGUAUGAGAAAGCGCUGCAGAUUUCCGAGGAAAUUCAAGGAGAAAGACACCCACAGACUGUUGUGCUCAUGAGCGACUUGGCCACCGCCCUGGAUGCCCAGGGCCGCUUUGACGAGGCGCAUGCGUACAUGCAGAGGGCGUCGGAGCUGGCCAGAGAGGUGGAUCACCCCGAGCUGCACAUGGUGCUCAGCAACCUAGCUGCGGUUCUGAUGCACAGAGAACGACAUACACAAGCAAAGGAAAUCUACCAGGAAGCACUGAAGCGAGCAGAACUGAAAAAAGACGAGGUCUCUGUACAACACAUCCGGGAAGAGCUGGCUGGGCUGUCAGGGAAAAGCAGUCCUGUGCCUUGAUUUGAUUAAGCUCUGAGUCCGCGU